CAGGGCCGGCCCCACAGAACCCUGGGAGUCCCCGUUCCCGGCCCCCCGGGGCCCCCUGGACCCCCGGGGCCCCCCGGCCCCCCCCCCAGAACCAGGACAAGGACCAGGACCAGGACCUGUCCGACGAGGAGGACCUGAUGUCGGAGGUGAAGAGGAACCCGUUUGAGUUCCAGGGGUCGGAGUCCCCGACGCCGGACCUGGUCCAGUACGGGACGACCGCGGGGCCCCAGGAGGGCGUCCCGCCGGCCCUGGAGCCUGAGCCCUUGAGCAAGGCGGCAGCUCCCACCGCGUUCAAAGACGAGGAGGACGAGGAGGACGCGGUUCUGCCGCCGUCGCUGCCCGACAUCCUGAAGUCGUCCCCGCUCAACCCGGACAAGCUGGACUCGGGCUCGUCGGAGGGAAGUCCCGAGCAGAGCCCGGUGUUCGAGAGGAGGAUGAUGGAGUCGCCCAACCCGCCCAUCAACCUGUCGGCCAACAACCCCUUCGCCUUCGAGGCCAAGGUGUCGCUGCUGAAGGAGAUGACGGAGCAGAUGGAGGCGGAGCGGGACUCGGACCAGGUCCGGGUCCAGGACCAGGACCAGAACCUGGGCACCUUCGACCUGGUCAAGGAGGCGGAGCCGGUGCCGGUGCCGGCGGCGCCGGCCCGGGUGGAGCAGCAGGACUGGUUCUCGGGCCGCGGCGACGCCCCUCCGCCCCACCGGGCGGCGCCCGAGCCCUUCGAGCCGCUGGACUUCCUGGAGAAGAAGAAGAAUCCGACGGUGGUGGAGGACUCGGACUCGGAGUCGCCCACGGCCGACUCGCUGUCCCCGGUUCUGGAGGCCAUGGCUAAAAACCCGGCUAGCUUCCAGGUGGAGGCGGAGCUAAAGGGGGCGGAGCUAAAGCAGGAGGAGGUGGAGCCAGAGGAGGAAGUGUCGGAGCACGAAGUUUCGUCCGAGGAGUUCGAGUUCAUCGAGCGGCCGCCGCGCGGCGUCAUCGACGACUUCCUGGAGGCGCUGGACACGUCCAAGUUCGCGGCGGCGGCGCCGCCGGAGAUCCCGCUGGACGACGACGAGCUCGGGUUCGAGGCCAAGGAGACCACACCCACUAAAGAGCUGGCCACGCCCCCUAAAGACCUAGCCACGCCCCCUAAAGAGGCGGAGCCAGAAGAAGACUGGGCCUCGUACCGCCUCCUCACCCAGGCCCCGCCCCCCCAGAAGAGCAAGGCCGAGCUGGAGACGCCCGAAGCCACGCCCCCCGCCAGCAAGGUGGCCCCGCCCACAACCAGCCAGGUGGCCACGCCCCCAACCCUCGCCGGCCAAUCAGAGCAGCCGACGGCCCCGACGAGCAGCAGGAAGGGCUUUACGAUGCCAAACGUGAACCUAAGAAAAGUGGUGGAGCUGCUGUACUGGCGGGACGUGAAGACGACCGGCGUGGUGUUCGGCGCGGCGCUGCUGCUGCUGCUGUCCCUGACGCUCUGCAGCAUCGUGAGCGUCUGCUCCUACGUGGGUCUGGCUCUGCUGUCCGUCACCAUCUGCUUCAGGAUCUACAAGGGAAUCCUGCAGGCCGUGCAGAAGUCCGAUGAAGGACACCCGUUCAGGCAGUACCUGGACCAGGAGGUGGCUCUGUCCGAGGACACGGUCCACAAGUACAGCGACCUGGUUCUGGCCAAACUCAACAAGACCAUCUGUGAGAUGAGACGCCUGUUCCUGGUGGAGGACCUGGUGGAUUCUAUCAAGUUUGCUGUUCUGAUGUGGAUCCUCACCUACAUCGGAGCUUUGUUCAACGGCCUGACGCUGCUCAUCCUGGGUCUGGUCGCCGUGUUCAGCUGCCCCAUCGUCUACGAGAAGCACCAGACCCAGAUCGACCACUACGUGGGGAUGGUCAACAACCAGGUCAAGGACGUGAUUGGAAAGAUUCAAGCGAAGGUUCCCGGCAUGAAGCGCAAGGCGGAGUGAAGAGGCCGGAGGAGGAUUCAGGAAGUCCUGACAGACGGACGGACGGACAGAGGGGGGACUGGGGGGGCGUCUUAUUAUUGUAUUUGUCGAUUAAUAAAAAAAACUUUAUCCAGUUGACAAUUCCUUUUUUUUUUUUUUUCCUGAGAAAAUCGUCGCCGCGGCAACGCUCGGCUUCGUUUCGAAUGUUUUGUUUCUGCGAGCGACGUGAAAACUUCAUCUAGAGCUGGAUUAGGCCCCGCCCCCUCCUCCCACUGCAUCAUGGGAGAUCUGGAGCUCCUCCCCCAACUGGUUUCUGUGGUCUAUAUUUUGUUAUUUUAACUCGUUUCCCGUCUGCGUUAGCGUCGGCGGCGUUAACGUCUCCUUCUUCAUCUCUUUUCCCGCUCGUAAAAGUAUUUUUUGUGAAUUUUUCUUCGUCCACGAAGCUACGUUUCCUCGUUAGCGGUGAGGGACGACUCCUGGGGGAGGAGCCACCGGGGAGGGGCGGGGUCAACAGGGAGGGGGCGGGGUCAACGGGGGGGCGGGUACUAAACUAAAACCUUCAUUGCUUCUCAGUAACUGUAGCUAGAAACAUCUAGUAACGAUGUUGGCUCAUCGUCGUAACUUCAGCCGCCGCUAGAAAAACCCGGAGGAUUGUUUACGUUCAUCGGAAAAGAGAAAAACCUUUUCAGCAUUUUCUGCUCGCGGAGAAACUGGCGGCGACUCCGGGAAACCUCGACGCAUCUGUUUGUUCUGCAAGUUUAAUUGUGAAUGAUCAACUUCUUCUUCAUACUUCAGUGGUGACGACUUAAAGCUCCCGGCCGGGACAAGUGUUUGUGGAAUGCUUUGUGAGAUGUAAACAGUUAUCAAUAAAGCUUCUAGACAAAGACAA